CAUUCCAACUCUGCCUGCCUUGUUUAUUGUAGGCAAGAGCACCAUAAUUCUUUUCAGUUCUCAAUAUAAAAUUUUCGUAGAAAGCAAGGGGAAGCAAAGAAGAAGAAAUGGCAACUCAAGCACUGGUAUCAUCCUCUCUGACCUCUUCAAUGGAGGCUGCUAGGCAAAUAUUUGGAGCAAAACCAAUUCAGUCUCCAGUUGGGUCAUCAAGGAGAGCUCCCUUUGUUGUCAGGGCUGCUUCCACUCCCCCAGUCAAGCAAGGAGCAGACAGACAACUGUGGUUUGCAUCCAAACAAAGCCUUACUUACCUGGAUGGCAGCCUCCCUGGUGACUUUGGAUUCGACCCACUAGGACUCUCUGACCCUGAAGGCACUGGAGGGUUCAUAGAGCCAAGAUGGUUGGCCUAUGGUGAGAUCAUCAAUGGAAGAUAUGCCAUGUUAGGUGCAGUUGGUGCUAUUGCUCCUGAGAUUUUUGGGAAGCUUGGACUCAUUCCUCCAGAAACUGCCCUCCCUUGGUUCAAAACUGGUGUGAUUCCUCCUGCUGGGACAUACAACUACUGGGCAGACCCAUACACACUGUUUGUGUUUGAGAUGGCACUAAUGGGUUUUGCAGAGCACAGAAGAUUCCAAGAUUGGUAUAAUCCUGGUUCUAUGGGUAAGCAGUAUUUCUUGGGAUUGGAGAAGGGUUUGGGAGGGUCUGGCAAUCCAGCUUACCCUGGAGGACCAUUCUUUAACCCUCUUGGAUUUGGAAAAGAUGAGAAGUCACUGAACGAUUUGAAGCUGAAGGAGGUGAAGAAUGGAAGACUAGCUAUGUUGGCAAUCGUGGGUUAUUUCAUACAAGCUCUUGUUACAGGAGUUGGGCCAUUCCAAAACCUUCUGGAUCAUUUGGCUGAUCCUGUCAACAACAAUAUCUUGACUAACCUCAAGUUCCAUUAAGCCUUGCAGUUGUUGGUUGUCAGUUGUCACAGGUCAACUACCUCCCUUUCAUCUCUUGUUUCAUCCCUUGUGGUCUACUGUAAUUUCCUGUAAGAAACGAUGCGUGAAGGACUUAAUACAUUGCAUGUUUAAUGUAAGCGACUCUCAAAACGAUGUGUGAAGGACUAAGUAGUAAAUACAUUGCAUGUUUAAUA